AAUUGAUAGUCUGCUGUCUCGUCCAAGACCAACUGUUCUAUAUUCGAAUUGAAGGUGAAAACUCCAACAGACCCAAGAAUGCGAGGGAGUUGUGUUUUGUACUCAAUCCCGUUUCUCUCGCUUGUAUAGUUGUAUUCCCUACAUCUGAUAAUUUUCUCAAAUUUUCAUCUUCCUCCGCAAUUGAAAAUCCUUCGGUAAAAAGCGCGAGAGAAGAUGAAUCAAGGCCAAGCUCCGCAGACCAGCGAUGGCAGACACGACGACGAUGCUGCCCUUUCCGACUUUCUUGCUUCCUUGAUGGACUUUACUCCUACCGUUCCUGACGAAUUGGUGGAGCAUUAUCUCGCUAAAAGCGGUUUUCAAUGUCCCGAUGUUCGAUUGAUUAGACUUGUUGCUGUUGCUACUCAAAAGUUUAUAACAGAGGUUGCCACAGAUUCUCUGCAGCACUGUAAAGCAAGACAAUCAUCUGUGAUCAAAGACAAAAGAGAUAAGCAACAAAAGGACAAGCGUCUUGUGUUGACUAUGGAAGAUCUCUCAAGAGCUCUGAAAGAGUUCGAAAUCAUUACACCAGAUCUUUUGGAUGCAAUAAGGAAGAUAAAAGAUGUGAUUCAAGAAGAUUAAAGACUUAAGAAGCAGACUAUCAAUAGAACCAUGUUUUACAAAAUUGUAUAUAUGGUGAAAUAUUAACUUAUGAUAUUAUUGAGACUAUAUUUUUAUAAAGAAAUUUUUAUUAAGUUAUUGUCUUAUCAUAGUUGCUCAUUUUUUGAACAGACCAACCCGGGCCUGGAGAAGUAUAUUAUUUUACAGAUGUUAUUAAUUUAAAAAGUAAUACUUUAGAGUAUUUGAACAUGUAUCUAGUAUUUAUAUGGUGCCUAAAGCAAAAACCUUUUCUUAGCUAAGUUAAAAAAUUGACCUUUGAAAUGAAAAUCCAUCCUUAAGGCUGAAUCUAUGGAGGAUCAUCAAUUGGUGUCCAUGUCAUACAUUG